CUGCACGAAUAGCUGAUAAUUAAGCGAUUACACCAUUCGGCAGGUUUGCAACAAACAAGCUACUGAGUUGGGGUAUCUGUUGCGGUGCUAUUAAGUCAAGGUUUUUGAACUGACGUAGUAAACUUGAGUUUUCACAUUUUGACGUCUUUUCGUGGAACGAUGGCCGACCCUGACACACCCAAACGCACCGUUCCGACCCGCAACAUCGGUCGGCGUGGUGCCGAAGAGACCGGGGAAUGCACCCGCACGCUCAAUGCCUUCGGCUGGCAAGUCAACGAGAUCGAUCCCCACGGGCAGGAGUUCAAUGAUUUCGCCCGCAGCGGGGCCACUCGGCCCAUGGCCGAUCUGGCCUGUGGAUUCGGUUUCUCCACACUGGCGCUGCUGAAGGAGUCCACAAUCCCGGUUAUUGCCAAUGACCUCUCGGAGGAGCAUCUGGCCCAGCUGUUGACCAUGGUGACGCCGGAGCAGCGGCGCCGUCUAACUGUUAUCCCGGGGAAUGCGCUGGAACUGCAGUUUGAGCCGGGGUCGUUGGACGGAUGUCAGGCGCUGCGGUUCCUGCACUUCCUCCAUCCGGCCGAGAUACGGCGGGCGUUUGAGAAUUUCGGUCGGUGGAUUGCUCCGGGUGGGAAGCUGUGUAUGACCAGUGGGACACCGUAUUUAAUCGAGGCGAAAGAGAGCGGAUUUUUGCAGGUGUAUGAGCAACGGAAAGCCAGUGGUGACGAAUGGCCAGGAUACAUGACGGCGGAUAAUGUGUGCUGGCCGGAAGGGAUCAGUGUGGAUCACGGGUAUCUGUUCGAUAAGGAUGUCCUGCAGCGUGAAGCAACCCGAGCCGGCUUCCGUGUCGAUCGACUGGAGUACAUCGCCAGGGAUUACGCCUACACCAAUGGCCAGGAGAAUAUUGGCCUGCUUGCCACAAAGCUGUAGCUUCUUGAUCGUCUUCUAUAAACAUUUAAUUUUUUUGUUCCAAGUUUCUUAAGUAACGUGUACUGCUUUUUCAAAGAAGAACUGCAAAUAUUCGUGGGCGUCAAAAAGUCGUCAUGCUGCGAGAAUCCCCAUCAGUAAGCCAUUUGUUAGACUCCGUUUUAAGUUUGCAAUUACGUAGAUACCUUAGUUUAAAAUUACAGCGUAUUAGUCGACAUUGCAAAAUUGUUGUAUGCUGGCAGCCUGCCGUUACCGAGUAUUCAAUGUCAGAACCUCAGAAGGACAAACAAAAACAACGAA